AUGUCGAGUGGUCAAUGGGAAGUUGUUGGGAAGAGCAAGAAGUCUCAGAAUGGCAAGAUUAAAACAAAAGAAGAUGAAAAGAAAGCUGUAAAAAAUGGACCGAAACUAGAGGAUGUCGUGCCACAUUCUCAAAUAAAAUCUUUCUAUUCUGGAAUGGAAAUUGAUGAUGGAAAGCCUGCGAAGGAGAAGAAAAAGGACAGUGAUAAGAAGAAGAAGCAAGACAAGAAGAAUGCGGAGCCUCCUAAACCCAAACCUCCAAAAACGAUUGAAGGUGCUCUAGAAAUAAUGGAUGCAGCGGAACUAGCCAAUAUUAUAACAUCAAACAAAAUCCGCUUUUCUAACGCCCCUCUUGUAUGGCUGAAAGAAGUGGCUGCCUUCCUCAAUUCCAAGACUCAGAUAGAUGUGGAGGACCCUACGUUUUCCUCGCACCCUCCCCUUUAUCCCUUGUCUUCGGUCCCUGAUGAGAUCAGGAGAUCUUUGUCUGAUGUGCUACACGACGCUGGGAAGACCAAUGCACAGUUGUUCUUUGAUGUCACUCUAACAGCCCUAGCAAAUGAUAUGAGCAGAGGUCAGUCCGUAAAUGGUCACAGAUUAUUGCUGCAAAUGCUAGCACAAGAAUACCCUGAAUUCUGUAUCACCUCUGUACAAAAGAGUGCUAGUCUCCGCAACUCCUACCAGAAUAGACCACCAAUUGGACUCUCCCUUCUAUGGGCGUUCGGUCAGGGUGGUAGUAGCGAUUUUGCUGUGGGCCUGAAAGCUUGGCAAGAACUAUUCCUUCCUAUUAUCGAGCUUAAGAACUAUUCCAAGUACGUAGUAGGAUACUUGUCGAACCUCCUAGACGAACACGGUACGAUGGACAACACUAAAGUGAGCCAGGACCAGCUGUUCGCCAUGAUAGAUAUGGUGAACAAUAAGAGGAGUGCACUGCCUAAGGAUCUGUCAAGUGACCUUAUCAAGCAAUUAAGUAAAUAUAAGGAUAUUUAUUUCAAUAAAAGCAAUAAUAAACUACAAGUUACUUUCAAUCAACUUAUGAAGAAGUUGCCCAAUCAGUAUCUGAGUGGUGCAUCCCUGGAUCCGUACCACAGGGUGCUAGUAGACUGCUUGGUCGACUGCCUCGCGAGGGAUGACUCUUGCAAUGCUACGUGGAGACAACUCUUCCAUAGGUGUAGCAAACAGUCCGCUACAUUACUUGAUUAUAUUGAUGCCAACUGGGAGGAAGUCAGCAAAAAACUGAGGCAGAAGUCUUUGAAAAUGACAGUUUUGCAAUACAAAGAAGUCUGUGGUGAAGCCUUGAAGGGCAAGAAGAAGGAUGAAACUGUUGUUAAAACGAAUAAAAUAUGCCAGGAUAUUCUAGACAGAAUGACAAGCACUAGAAGGUUCCCUUGGAUCUGGGCCAGCUUCUUCCUGCUGGUCGGCAUUGCUGGGCUCGUCUCAUACGAUGUCUCAAGAGCUGGUGGCAACUUCCCAAAAAGCGCAACGGGUCGUUUGCUCAACGACUUGGGCGUCUUGGAGCACAGUCAGCGUGCUUGGCAGAAGACGUUAUCAACGUCAGCACGCGGCUACCUCUGGUUAGAGACCAACGCUCCAGUCUACUACACACAGACAGUAGAAACUUGCACCCCAUACGUGUUACUCUCGAGAGAAUUCGCAUAUCUAGCUUUGAAGAAGGUAGGAGUUCUGUACUCGAACACCAAGGACUAUGUUGCUGAUAAAACUCCCGUGGUAGUGGCUACCAUAGAACAGUAUGCACCAGGCCUGGUUGAUAAUGUACAGAGCUACGCAUCGACUGGCUUCCAAACGGUUAAGAAGUACUCUAACGACUACUACCAGCUGACUGCGGAGUACUUGAAGACUAAAGUAUUUGUCGGCGACUGGGCGCCAGAGAUAUUGCAGAACAAGACAGAAUCCGCUCUGAAUGUGACCCGCUCACAUGUGUCCUCAUACUUCCACUGGUUCCGGGAACAAGUGCACAUCUACUCCAAGAUACCCUGA